CAUCUUCCUCAAAUACAAAAGUCGGGUACGAAAGGGAAGAAAACAAGAUAAAGAAAAUGGCGAAGACCCUUCUCUUUCUCGUUCCUCUCAUCCUUCUCUCCCUCCCUCCUUCUUCUUCUUCUUCUCCGCUUCCGAAUCUCACCCAAAACCCUAACCCUAAACCUAAUUCAGCAUUCGACGAGCUCAAAAGCAACGGCUUUCCGAUCGGAUUGCUACCUUCCAGCAUCUCCAAUUACAGUCUCGAUCGCAGCUCUGGCGAUUUCUUGGUCCACCUCCCCGACUCCUGCCAGAUCACGCUUCCGCCUGACAACUACCUCGCCACGUACUCCCGUCGGAUCACUGGGAAGCUUGUGGAAGGACGGAUUGCGGAGCUCGAUGGAAUCCGAGUGAGGGCUUUCUUCAAGUGGUGGUCCAUCACUGGGAUCCGAUCGAGCGGCGAGAAUCUGGUCUUUGAGGUUGGUGUUGUGACCGCUAAGUAUCCCUCCAAGAACUUCGAUGAGAUCCCGGAGUGCGAGGGCCAGGGGCGUUCUUCUUCUUAGGCAUCAGUAGCGCUGUAUCUGAGGUCCUUGCUUAAUAGGAUGUGUGAGGUAGGAUCUCAUGUCUCAAGGUAACAAACUACUGCUUUUAGAUGCUAUCUAACUAUCUAAAUGGUUGUACUCUUAUUGAUGCCCAUUUGUAUUAUUACAUGCCACGCAUGUACCUGUAAAAGAUUUCAUUUCUCCUUCUAUGCUAAACUAAGAACUUUCUAUCA